AUGGUAGUCCACACGGAAUCCUUCUCUCCGACCGCCCCUGAGCCUCAGACCCUGUGCUUUGAAAUCGGGGUGCUCGUGCAGGAGGGACGACAGCAGCCCACUGCCGGCAUAGGAACCGUCAGCUGGAGCUGCGCCCACGCUGUCGACCCUCGAGCUGCGACGCUGUGUGCCUAUGCUGCAGGCUUUCUGGCUAUCGUAGCCGAAGGCCACGAAGCUUGUCGCCAAGUGCUUGGCUCAGCAGAACUGACUUGUCAAAGCGUGGACAUGAUCAGCGAUGGUCUUGCAUGCUGUACACGACAAGAAGCUCUAUGGUGUUGA